AUGUCUGAUCUUUUUGUUGAGCUCACUGCGCCCAAUGGCCGCAAGUAUUCGCAGCCAAGGGGACUGUUCAUCAACAACGAGUUUGUCAAGUCGAAAUCUGGAGAGACCAUCACUUCGAUAAAUCCAAGUGAUGAAAGCGAAAUUGUUUCCGUCUACGCAGCUGGCCCGGAAGAUGUAGACGACGCCGUCGCAGCAGCACGAAAAGCCUUCAAGAAUCCUGACUGGCGAGACAUGGACACUAACGCUCGUGCGGAUCUACUCUACAGAUUCGCCCAGCUAAUCGACGAGAACAAGGAGACCCUUGCGACCAUCGAGACAUGGGACAAUGGCAAGCCUUACUCCGUUGCGCUAAAUGACGAUCUGGGAGAGGUUGUUGGAACCAUCAAAUACUAUGCAGGCUGGGCGAACAAGAUUCACGGACAGGUCAUCGACACUGGCCCAGCAAAGCUUGCGUACACUCUUCGUGAACCACUUGGUGUUUGCGGACAGAUCAUCCCAUGGAAUUUCCCUCUCGCAAUGGCUGCGUGGAAACUGGGACCUGCUCUCUGCACAGGCAACACCAUCGUUAUGAAGGCAGCCGAGCAGACACCGCUUUCCAUUCUCUAUCUUGCCAGUCUCGUUAAGGAAGCUGGUUUCCCACCAGGUGUUGUCAACAUCAUCAACGGAGAGGGCAGAAAAGCUGGCGCCGCACUCGCUCAGCACCUGGACGUUGACAAGAUCGCCUUUACUGGCUCAACAGCUACUGGAAAGGAAAUCAUGAAGAUGGCUGCUGUGAACAUGAAGAACAUCACCCUGGAAACGGGUGGGAAAUCACCUCUCGUGAUUUUUGACGAUGCAGACCUUGACCAGGCGGUCAAAUGGACGCAUGUUGGCAUCAUGUACAACCAAGGCCAAGUCUGUACCGCAACCUCGCGAGUCCUAGUCCAGGAAGGCAUCUACGAGAAGUUCAUCGAGUCCUUCAAACAGCACGUCAAGACCACGUCAAUCGUCGGAGACCCCUUCCAAGACGACACUUUCCAGGGCCCGCAAGUCACCAAAGCACAGUUUGACCGUGUUCUCGGUUUCAUCGAGGCCGGCAAAUCUGAAGGCGCGACCCUUGUGGCUGGUGGAGAAGCACACAAGAACGCGGGUGGGAAGGGCUUUUUCAUUGCGCCUACCAUUUUCACAGACGUCAAGGAUCACAUGAAGAUCUAUCGCGAGGAGGUUUUUGGACCUUUUGUUGUCAUCAGCUCGUUCAAGACGGAGGAAGAAGCCAUUGAGCGUGCGAAUGACACGACCUAUGGGCUGGGAGCAGCGGUAUUCACUGAGAACAUCACAAAAGCCCAUCGUGUGGCGAGACGGAUUGAAGCGGGCAUGGUAUGGAUCAACUCGAGCAACGACUCGGACAUCAGAGUGCCGUUUGGCGGUGUGAAGCAGAGUGGGAUUGGCAGGGAGCUGGGAGAAGCUGGAUUGGAGGCCUAUACCAACAAAAAGGCCAUUCAUGUCAAUCUGGGCACGAAGUUGUAG